UCUACUGUGUACAUUCACUCAGAACCAACACACUCGCUUCACCCUCAGCAGUCGAACAAAGAAAACGUGUGUGUCUUCAGAGGAAAUUAUCUGAUCGACCAAAGAAAUCGUACUUCUACAACCUAUCCUGCGUCUCACGUGCUCGUUGUCAGUAUCAUCCACCACCAUGGAGAGAAGAGACAGCCAACCCAGCUGGGCGGACAUCAUGGAAAUGGAGGACAUUUCCUUUGAUGAGGAAAAUAAAAAAUUAAAGGCUGAGCUCCAAGAGGCCAAAGACGAGAUCAGACGCAAAGAAAACAAAAUCAGCUGUCUUCAGCGCAACCUCUCUGCUCUAGAGGAAAAUUACUACACAGCUAUCAAGAAAGAGCGUGAGAAGGCAGAGCAUGAACUGAAAAAGAAAGAAGAGGAGAUCUUCUAUGUAAGAAAGAGGCUCCACGCUCAGAGCAAAGAAACAGAGAGGGUGAGAGCAUCUCUUGAUGAAUGGAAAAAGUCCACCAAACUGAACAGUGUGGAAGAAAAGUGGCAGAGGAAAGUCAGCCAGCUUGAGGAACUCCUCCUACAGAAAGAUAAGCUGGUCAGGCAGGCUGAUAACAAAAGAAGAGCCCGUGCUAAGGCUCACAUUGAUACCUUGGCCCAGCUGGGUGUCACAGAGUCAGCUUUGAAACAGAGCAGACAGACCUGUGAGGCUUUGGAGCAGAAGAUCCAAAGUCAGUUGGCUGAAAGGAACGUGAGCCACCAGAAGAAGCUCUUAGAGCAAGAGAAGGGCUUCAAGAAAGAGCUUGAAGAAAAAGUGAGGAGUUUCCAGAGACAACUGGAAGAAAAAGAAAAGACCUUCCAGAAAGAGAUGGAAGAAAAAGAAAGGAGCUUCCAGAGAGAGCUGGAAGAAAAAGAAAAGACCUUCCAGAAAGAGAUGGAAGAAAAAGAAAGGAGCUUCCAGAAAGAGCUUUCCCAGGCAAACCAGAGCUUUAAGAAGGAGCUCUCAGACAGUCAGCUUCAGUCCUCAAAGGAGCUCUUCCUAUUGUCUGAGACUUGGGAGAGAAGAGCCCAGCAGUGGAAACAAGAAAAGAGAGAUCUGGAGAAGACGCUGCUGGUGAAAGAGAACAUACUGAAGCACAAAGAAGCAGAGGGGGUGAAAGCAUCUCAUGAUGAGUGGAAAAAGUCCACUGAACGGAAAAGCCUGGAAGAAAAGUGGCAGAGGAAAGUCAGCCAGCUUGAGGAACUCCUCCUACAGAAAGAUAAGCUGGUCAGGCAGGCUGAUAACAAAAGAAGAGCUCAUGCUCAGGCUCACACUGACACUUUGGCCCAGCUGGUCGUCACACAGUCAGCUCUGAAACAGAGCAGACAGACAUGUGAGGCUUUGGAGCAGAAGAUCCAAAGUCAGAUGGCUAAAAAUAAUGUGAGCCACCAGAAGAAGCUCUUAGGGCAAGAGAAGGGCUUCAAGAAAAAACUGGAAGCAAAAGAGCGACAUUUCCAGAGAGAGCUGGAAGAAAAAGAAAAGACCUUCCAGAAAGAGAUGGAAGAAAAAGAAAAGACCUUCCAGAAAGAGCUUUCCCAGGCAAACCAGAGCUUUAAGAAGGAGCUCUCAGACAGUCAGCUUCAGUCCUCAAAAGAGCUCUUCCUAUUGUCUGAGACUUGGGAGAUAAGAGCCCAGCAGUGGAAACGAGAAAAGAGAGAUCUGGAGGAGACGCUGCUGGUGAAAGAGAACAUACUGAAGCACAAAGAAGCAGAGGGGGUGAAAGCAUCUCUUGAUGAAUGGAAAAAGUCCACCGAACUGAACAGUGUGGAAGAAAAGUGGCAGAGGAAAGUCAGCCAGCUUGAGGAAGUCCUCCAAGAGAAAGAUAAGCUGGUCAGCAGAGCUGAUGACAAAAGAGCCCUUGCUAAGGCUCACACUGACACUUUGGCCCAGCUGGACGCCACACAGUCAGCUCUGAAACAGAGCAGACAGACAUGUGAGGCUUUGGAGCAGAAGAUCCAAAGUCAGUUGGCUGAAAGUAAUGUGAGCCACCAGAAGAAGCUCUUAGAGCAAGAGAAGGGCUUCAAGAAAGUGCUGGAAGAAAAAGAAAGGAGCUUCCAGAAACAGUUUUCCCAGGCAAAACAGAGCUUUGAGAAGGAGCUCUCAGACAGUCAGCUUCAGUCCACAAAGGAGCUCUUCCUAUUGUCUGAGACUUGGGAGAGAAGAGCCCAGCAGUGGAAACAAGAAAAGAGAGAUCUGGAGGAGACGCUGCUGGUGAAAGAGAAAAUAUGGAACAAUGAAGAAGCAGAGAGGAAAAAGGAGCUCCAGCACCUCACAAAGAUUCCCUUCCAGCUUCAGCAACUGACAAAAGCAAAGGCAGAACCCAAGCAGAAGAAGAACUUGUGGAGCUGCAGGCUGCAGAAAUGGAACAGCAGCAAAGGCAGUUUUUCUGCUACUUGUCCUUUUCAGGACGACUCGCCUCCCUCAACUCACCCCACCCUUUACCCUAACCCCUAAGACCACCUCCUCUUCGUAUCUUUCCUUCUCUCUUUCUCUCUACUUGCUCCUACUUUCAUGUCUUUCUUGAAAACAGAAUUUAAAUAAAAUUC